CCCAUCCUCGCUUCCUGGGCCGUCCUCAGCCAACGCCAGAAUCCACAGGGAAUUACCCACCCCCAACAACAGCGCGCGCGCAGGCACCAAGCCACCAACGAUGGCGGCCGCCUCGCUCAAGCUCGCCUCCCCCAAACCCCUCGCGCCCGCGCCGCUCCUCCGGGGGCGCGGCGCGGCCCAGGCGCGGCCCCUCCCCUCGCGCCGCGUCCCGCCGCCCGCCUGCGUCGCCGUGCAGCCCCCCGCCGCGCCGCCCGCCCCGCGCAUCGGCUCCUUCGACAAGGUGCUGGAGGCGCUGAUCGGCGGGACCGACUUCUCGGAGGAGGACGCGGAGGCCACGCUGCGGCUGCUGCUGGAGGAGAAGAACGAGGCGCGCAUCGCCGCCUUCCUCGUCCUCCUCAGGGCCAAGGGCGAGACCUACGAAGAGAUCGUGGGGCUGGCGAAGGCGAUGCUGAGCUGCUGCGUCCGGGUCGACGGGCUGGACGACGCCGUAGACAUUGUCGGGACUGGCGGCGACGGCGCUGACACCGUCAACAUCUCCACCGGUUCCACCAUCCUCGCCGCCGCGGCCGGCGCCAAGGUCGCUAAGCAAGGGAGCAGGGCGAGCUCGUCGGCGUGCGGCAGCGCCGACGUACUGGAGGCGCUGGGGGUCAACAUCGAGCUUGGGCCCGAGGGUAUUAAACGGUGCGUCAAUGAGGUGGGUGUCGGAUUCAUGAUGUCUGCAAAUUAUCAUCCUGCAAUGAAAAUUGUCAGACCUGUGAGGAAGAAUCUGAAAAUAAAGACAGUGUUCAAUAUCCUUGGUCCUCUACUGAAUCCAGCAAGGGUGCCUCAUGCUGUAAUUGGUGUUUACCAUGAGAACAUAGUUACCAAGAUGGCUAAGGCUGCACAGAAAUUUGGAAUGAAGAGAGCAUUGGUUGUCCAUUCAAAGGGUUUGGACGAAAUAAGCCCACUAGGUCCUGGAUAUAUCCUUGAUGUUACUCCAGAAAAGAUUGAAAAAAUGCUCUUCGAUCCAUUGGAUUUUGGCAUUCCUCGCUGCACAUUGGAAGAUCUGAAAGGAGGUGAUCCAGCAUUUAACGCAAAAGUUCUUCAGGAUGUUCUUGCUGGUCAAAGAGGGUCGAUUGCAGAUGCCCUUGUACUGAAUGCCGCGGCUUCUCUCCUUGUCAGUGGUAAAGUUAAGGAUUUACAUGACGGUGUUGCACUAGCACAGGAGACACAGCGGUCCGGAAAGGCCAUUAAUACACUUGAGUCUUGGAUAAAGAUUUCGAACAGUUCCAAGUGACUGAGCGACGUUGAUUAGCAGCAGAUGGAUUUCUGGAAUAAGGCGUGAGGAAUGGUGGCAAAUAAGGACUCACUAAGUCCAUCCGUCAUCCGUGUAUUAUUGGGUUGUUCUUCUCCCUUUUUGUUGAUGAUAUGUCGUGUCACAACCAUAGAUGGCUUGUAGUCUGGUACUCUGGGUUAUGUAUGAGCGGUGCUGUUGUGUAGAGAAAUCUCCGUCAAGACGAGAUUAUCAGGUUUUGAUUAGAACAGGUGCGUGCUUCAGUUCUGCUUGACGGGGGUAGAUGAGCAUAGGUUCGAUGUUGUGAUGCUGCAUUACAUUUUGAAGCGAAUUGGACAUUUUUGCAAUGGCAUGGGAAGAAUAUACCCUUUUGUACAUCA